AUGAAAAAUAUCAAAGAUACCAAAGAUGAACAUAUAAAAAAUAUUAAAGAUACCAAUUAUGCUAAUGUUGAAUAUAUGAAAAAUAUCAAAGAUACCAAAGAUAUUAAAUAUAUAGAAGAUAUUAAAGAUGUUGAAGACACAUUGACAAAUUCAUUUUUUAAAAUAUUGAUUUACUUAUCUAUAGCUCCAAAAAAACUACUUCAAAAAAACUAG